AUGGACGUCAUGAACCCGAAAGAACCGAUGGAGUUCGUGUGUAUGGCGUGCGACGACGCGCGGUGUCACUUCAAGCCGCUUCACGCGCACCGUCGCCCGCUCGGCGACCGGGACGUCUUGAUCACGUUAAAGUUUUGCGGCGUGUGUCACUCCGAUUUGCACAAUGCCGGUGGGCAUAUGGCGGGCGUGAUGGGUCCGCCGAAGUAUCCUUUUGUUCCAGGUCACGAGCUCGCGGGCAUUGUUGUCGCCGUCGGGUCCGCGGUGACGAUGUUUAGCGUUGGCGACCGCGCCGGAGUCGGAUGCAUCGUCGACUCCUGCUUGAAGUGCGUGAAGUGCGAAGCCGGGGAAGAGCAGAUGUGCGUGAAUAAGAUGACGGGAACGUAUGGUAGCGAUGAUAAACACGGACGCGCCGCAACGUGGCCGCCUGGGGGGCAAACCUUGGGCGGGUACGCGACGUUUCAUGUCGUCGACGAACGGUUUGGCGUGAAAAUCCCAGCGACGUAUCCGCUCGAAGCGGCGGGACCGGUUAUGUGCGCUGGUGUGACGAUGUACGAUCCGAUGAAGCGAUACGGUGUGAAGCGAGGGAGUAAGGUUGGAAUCGUCGGUCUCGGGGGUCUAGGUGUCAUGGGUGCGAAGAUCGCUCGAGCGCUGGGCGCCGAGGUCACCGUUAUCAGUCGAAGCGCCACGAAAGAGACGCUGGCACUUCGAUGUGGCGCCACCAACUUCGUGUGCUCCGAGGACAAAGAGGACAUGCGUCGAGCGCGUGGGACGCUGGAUCUGAUACUGAAUACCGUUCCCAUCGCGCACGACUACUUUCGUUUCCAAAAGUUGCUGAAGCACUCCGGCGGCGAGGACGGGCAGCGAGCAAAACAGGUCAUUCUCGGUUUGCACUCGGGAUUGGCCACGGGAAUGGUCGCUCUGGGGUUGAAGGGGAAGAAGACACCGCUCGCCGCAUCGGGGAUAGGUGGAAUUAGGGCGACACAAGAGGUCAUGGACUUGUGCGCUGCGCACGACAUCGUUCCCGAGUAUCGCGUCGUGCCCGUCUCCCAGCUAACCGAGAUUUACGAGGAGCUCGACUCCGGUAAUGACAGCGGCAUUAGAUACGUACUCGACAUCGCGUCUAUGGCCCAAGCCGUGAAGGAAGGAAACGAAGAAUCUCUUUGCACGUCCGGACCGCCGCAGCUUUCUCCGAGUCGCAGCUCGCUCAACGGACAAGGAAUCAUCGGAGAAAUCGCUAAGCUAUUUUGCUGCUGCUACAUUUGCUAA